AUGACUCAACAUCGCGCAGGACUUCAGCUCAUUGCUUCCGGAGCAGGGAUGCUCUUCCUGGGCCUCUUGUGGGGACCCCAUAUUCCCAACACGCCCUUUCCGCGUCUGGCCGUGACAGCCCACGUCGGAGCCAUGACUAUAGGUUGCAUGAUCUUCAUCACAGGCUUGCUUGUGGAACAGACGGAUAUCCUCGAACUUUCUCCUCUCCAGCAGACUUUUGUGGUUUGGGGUAUGAAUUCUGGUUGGAUCACUGUCACUACUGAAGCCGUCAACGCUUACUGGGGUGCGAAGCAUAUACUCCCGAUUGCGGCGUCGCAAGCCGGGUCCAGCGGCGCAGCAGAAUGGCAAGAGGCAGUCGUGUCGAUAACUCACAUGGUGGCUGGGCCCGUGAUGAUUGUCGGGUUUGGAGUGUUGGUUUAUGAGCUUUUCAUGGGCAAGAAAGGGCUGGAUUUGAUGGGGAUGACGAAGGAGAAGGCAGAGAGUCUGUCGAAGAGACUCAAUUGA